GUAUCCAGACGCAGGCUGUGUUUCUGAGAUGUUUUAACCCCGCCAGCAGGGGUCCCUCCUCAGAUUCUCUAACAGUAGUUCUGGUUUAGUUCGGGUUCAGAUUGUUUGCAAAAUGGCGGCAACAGCGGCUUCAAACCCGUCCCAGCUCCUUCCUCUCGAGCUGGUGGACAAAUGUAUCGGCUCCCGAAUUCAUAUUGUUAUGAAAAAUGACAAAGAGAUUGUGGGUACCUUACUGGGUUUUGAUGACUUUGUCAACAUGGUACUUGAGGAUGUAACAGAAUUUGAGAUUACACCAGAAGGCAGAAGAAUAACCAAGCUGGAUCAGAUUCUACUAAAUGGAAACAACAUAACCAUGUUAAUUCCAGGAGGAGAAGGACCGGAAGUAUGAGAAGACAUCCUGGAUUUUUCUUUCAUCUCUUUAUAACGGCCUUUAGUUGUUUCUCCUGUUUGUAAAAGCUGUCCUUUGAGUUGUACUGUCUUGUUUUGUUUUUUUCUUUAUCAGAAAACAUAAAACCCUGUUUAAAGUUCUGAAACAUGACUGCUCAAUAACUGAGAUUUUUUGUUGUAAUUAAAAAUGCAAGAAAGGA